AUGGUGUGGAUUAAGUUUCUCGCUCUGGGAUCGCUCUUCACUUCGUUGACUUCUGGCCUCCCAACUACCUCCCCCGAAACAGAUAAUGCGGAGACGCGAUACGGUUCUUCGACCGCAGCAGACAGGGCGCAAGCUGUUGUCGAUGCGUUUAGAGUGAGUUGGGAGGGCUACUACACGCACGCGUUUCCCAACGACGAACUCAAGCCUGUGACGAACGGGUCUAGUAAUUCUCGCAAUGGAUGGGGUGCCUCCGCCGUCGACGCAUUAUCUACGGCCAUCCUCAUGCAGGAAGAAGAAACAGUCCACCAGAUCCUCGCCCAUAUCCCCACAAUCGACUGGACCACAACGCCAACCUUAGUCUCACUCUUCGAGACCACAAUCCGUUACCUGGGCGGUAUGCUCUCUGGCUUCGACCUCCUCUCCGGCCCGUUCGCCCACCUAGCAGACAACAAAGAGCACGUCGACGCGUUGCUCAGCCAGAGCAUCAAGCUAGCAGACACGCUGAGCUUCGCCUUCAACACGCCCAGCGGCGUGCCCUGGAACACUCUCACUCUAUCCGCAAACGGCAGCGGGAACGACGGGUCGCCAAACGGCCUCGCUACAACCGGCACCCUGAUCCUCGAAUGGGUCCGCCUCGCUGACCUCAGCGGGAACAGCACCUACGCGUCGCUCGUCGAGGCCGCAGAACAGCACCUCCUGCACCCAGAGCCAGCAUGGGCCGAGCCAUUCCCCGGACUGCUAGGCGGAACCAUCGACCCCCUCACUGGCAUGUUCCUAGACAGCCGCGGCGGCUGGGGCGGCGGGGACGACUCCUUCUACGAGUAUCUGCUCAAGAUGUGGAUCUACGACCCGACGCGGUACGCGGAGCUAAAGGACCGCUGGGUGACAGCCGCAGACAGCACGAUGGCCCAUCUCGCCAGCCACCCCGAGACAAAGCCCGAACUGACCUUCGUCGCGGGCUUCAACGGCACGACAUUACUGCUCGAGAGCGAGCACCUCGCGUGUUUCCACGGCGGCAACUUCAUCCUCGCUGGCCGCGCCCUCAAGGAGGACAAAUACAUUGCUUUCGGCCUAGAGCUCGUCGACGCCUGCCACGCGACAUACGCCGCAACCGCGACACAAAUAGGCCCAGAGGUCUUCUCCUGGGACCCGCACACUGUGCCCGCUGACCAGACCGCCUUCUUCGCGCAGAACGGCUUCUACAUCACUAACCCCGCGUACAACCUGCGUCCCGAGGUCAUCGAGAGCUACUACUACGCGUACCGGGCGACGCACGACACCAAGUACCAGGACUGGGCGUGGGAUGCGUUUGUGGCGAUUAACGCGACGACGCGCGUGGGCAGUGGGUUUUCUAGUGUCAACGAUGUGGAUGUGCGGGGUGGGGGCGGGUAUAUGGAUUUUCAGGAGAGCUAUUGGUUUGCUGAGACGCUGAAGUAUGCGUGGGCUGUGCAGGUGGAAGGUGGGGAGUGGCAUGUUGGCGGGGAGGGAGGGGAUAAGUGGGUGUUUAAUACUGAGGCGCAUCCUGUGAGGGUUUUUGGGGGGAAGUAG